UGGCAUUUUGGCUUCCACACAUAUCUCACAAGACACAGAGACACAUUACACAACACAUGCAUGUCUUUAUAUAUAUUUACACCUCACCCUUCAAUAUCCACCCAACACUCUCUUUCUCUCUCUCUCUCUCUUUCCAAACACAACCUUAAGCAUUUCUCUCAUAUUCACCCAAACACAAAAAAAUGGCUAUCCUCAAGAAAUCUUCUAAGCUCGCUCAAACAGCAAUGCUAAGGCAGAUUCUUAAGAGAUGUUCAAGCUUAGGUAAGAAGAAUGGAGGAGGAUAUGUAGAAGAUGAUCUCCCACUUGAUGUACCAAAGGGACACUUCCCUGUCUACGUAGGACACAACAGGAGUAGAUACAUAGUUCCUAUCUCUUUCUUGACCAAUCUUGAUUUCCAAUGUCUUCUUAGAAGAGCUGAGGAAGAGUUUGGUUUUGAUCACGACAUGGGUCUCACCAUUCCUUGUGAUGAACUCUUCUUUCAAGAUCUUACUUCUAUGAUCCGAUGAGAUCUCAAAAGUUUGAAGAGCAAGAGAAGAAGUAAGCUAAAGGUGACUGAGAUCGAGAUGGUUAAAGAUGAAGUUUUUUUUUUGGUUUUUUUGAUUUGCUUCUCUUUUUUUUCUUAAAACAUCCUCUCUCUUUCCUUUAGUUUAAUGACUCUUCAAUGUCUUCUUUCUUAUAUUUUCUUUUUUUGGUUCUAUUUUUAAGCUCAUCUUGGGUCUUUUUUUACGAGUCAAUAAAGAUUUGACUCGGCUAACAAAAAAAAAAAACCAUGAUAUGAAAUUUUUUUGUGGGUUAAGAUCUAUAAAGAUAGCUUGUAAUAUUUUCCUCAUUGAUAUUUUGGUCUUGUUGUUAAACUUGUGAGAGAGGUUAAUUAUGAUCUUUAAUGAUUA